AUGGAAGGCGCUCCUUUCCCGACCUCUGCACUGAACUCAAGGUCCCCCCCAGCCCAGCUCUCCCAUACUCUGGUCGAGCUGAUCUCGAGGGGUAUCGUCAGGCGGGAGCAGAACUUGGCUAGCCAAGGGGGUCAAGUUACCGCCGAACAAGGGGAGACUUACACGCUCACCACGGCUGGAGUGAGCGCCCUCGCCGAGAUCAACGCCCAUGCCCAAGACCAGGUCACCAAAGCACUUGCUGCAGCCCCUCCCGGAGCAGGCGCAAAUAUCACGGCAGCUUUCCAAGCCUACGCAACUGCCCUAGAACGAUCGAGACCCAGCCAGGCCGACAUCACCCCGGACAUCACGCCAGCAGCGACCCCCGAGCCACAGCUGCCCCAGCCCCCAACUGUCUCCAUCGUGGCCGGCUACCGUCCGGGUAUUCUCGCCCGCACUCUCGAGAUGCACCUGGCCUUUUACUACCCGAGGGAGGGAUGGGGCCGCAAGUUCGAAUCGGUGCUGUCUACCGGCCUGGGGGAUCUGCUGGACCGGCUGGAUAGGCCGGUGAACCAGGUGUGGGCGGCUGUUAUGACAACGCCGGCGCAGCAUCCGGGGGCUCCGCCUCUGGAGCGCACGGUGGGCGUGGUGUAUAUCGACGGCGAGGCUUAUCCCGGGGAGGAGGGCGUGGCGAAGGUUCGGGCCUUUAUUAAGGAUGAGUCGGCUAGGGGGCUGGGGGUGGGGAAGCAGCUUUUCACGGCGGCUAGGACAUUUGAUCAAGAGACUGGGAUUCGGUAG